AUGUCUGACGGUAAGGCCUUAAAUGUCAAAUCACCGCGAGUUCCGCUAAUCGUGACCGCAGCGGAUUUCGACGCUGUCCGAAAGCUCCAGGCUGAGCGUAACGCGGCAGCGGCCGCGAAAAAAGGUUCAAGGACCUUUGAUCCGUCUAACCAGCGCACUGACAACUCGACAAAGGCCUCCCUGACCGAGUCAUUCGAUACCACCCUCUACGAUCGUGAUGGUGCCGACAAAUAUGCGGGAUAUAGCACCUCCAUCGCUGUUGACGAUGGAGAUGAGGAUAUGGAGGAUGCGGACAAUAGCCACCGCUUGGUGGGGCAGUAUACUGCCACGCGGAGCCAGAUCGACGAGUUUGCCCGGGGAAAUGGGGUUGAAGAGGAGGACAUCCUUCUGGGACGCGAAAAGGCUGCCAGGAUCUCCGACCGGGAGACUGAUUACCAGAAGCGUCGCUUCGACCGAGGACCGCUGACGCCCACCCGGGCCGAUCCCUUCGCCGCGAACACUCAUGCCAACGUUGAAGAAGAGGGCCAGACGUACCGUGAGGUUAUGGCUCUUCGUGAGAUUGAGAAAGAAGAGGAGCGUGUCCAGAAGCUGAUCGCAGAGAAGCAGGCUCGUGGUGAGAACGGCGUCGAGGAACACGAGGCCACUCUGAAGCUCGAGGAUAAGGAGAACGCCGAGGCCGGCUCGACGGUGUCUGUCGCUACUGGUCGCAAGCGCAAGCAACGCUGGGAUGUGGUUCCCAUGGACGAAGCCCCCGCUGCUCCUUCUGAUGAUGAUGCUAAGGCUAAAAAGUCGCGUUGGGACCAGACACCUGCUCCUGGUGGCGAGGAAGCGCCGAAGCGCCGUUCACGUUGGGAUCAAGCGCCAGCGAUUGCGUCGGCGACACCUGUUGGUAACCAAGGACUUGCAACGCCUAUGCAUCCUUCCCAAGUAGGUGCGCCUAUGAUGCCAACCAGUUUUGGAACUGAUAUCUCUGGCCGCAAUGCUCCUCUCUCUGACGAGGAGCUGGACAUGAUGCUCCCGUCAGAAGGCUACAAGAUCCUCGAGCCUCCUCCCGGAUAUGCUCCGAUCCGAACAGCGGCAAGAAAGCUCAUGGCAACCCCGGCUCCGAUGGCCAGCUCCACCGGUGUUGGUGGUUUCAUGAUGCAGGAGCCCGAGAGUGCCCGUUCUCUCGGCAAGCAACUUCCCACCGAAAUUCCUGGUGUUGGUGACCUGCAGUUCUUCAAGCCGGAGGAUAUGGCGUACUUCGGCAAGCUGAUGGAUACUGGGGACGAAUCAGCAAUGUCAGUUGAGGAGUUGAAAGAACGGAAAAUCAUGAGGCUGUUGCUCAAGGUCAAGAACGGCACGCCGCCAAUGAGAAAAACUGCCUUGCGUCAACUCACUGACAAUGCGCGACAAUUUGGCGCUGGUGCCUUAUUUAACCAGAUCUUACCGCUGCUUAUGGAGAAAUCCUUGGAAGAUCAAGAGCGUCACUUGCUGGUCAAAGUCAUUGACCGUGUGCUCUACAAGUUGGAUGAUCUUGUCCGGCCGUACGUGCACAAGAUUUUGGUCGUUAUUGAGCCAUUGCUUAUUGACCAAGACUACUAUGCGCGCGUUGAGGGUCGUGAAAUUAUCUCGAACCUGGCCAAGGCCGCUGGUCUUGCAACCAUGAUCAGUACAAUGCGUCCGGAUAUUGACCACGUUGACGAAUAUGUACGAAACACAACCGCUCGAGCCUUCGCCGUCGUCGCCUCCGCCCUCGGUAUUCCCGCUCUCCUCCCCUUCCUCCGAGCCGUGUGUCGCAGUAAGAAGUCAUGGCAAGCCCGACACACCGGUGUCAAGAUCGUCCAGCAGAUUCCUAUCCUCAUGGGUUGCGCCAUUCUCCCUCAUCUGAAAGGUCUCGUUGAUUGUAUCGCGGACAACCUUAGCGAUGAACAGGCCAAGGUCAGGACGGUCACCGCUCUGGCUGUUGGCGCCUUGGCUGAAGCGGCCAACCCGUACGGUAUCGAGAGUUUCGACGAAAUCCUCAACCCUCUUUGGACUGGAGCUCGCAAGCAGCGUGGUAAGGGUCUGGCUGCUUUCCUCAAGGCGGUCGGUUACAUUAUUCCUCUCAUGGACGAGGAAUAUGCAAACUACUACACUAGUCAGAUCAUGGAGAUUCUUCUCCGAGAAUUCUCAUCUCCUGACGAGGAGAUGAAGAAGGUUGUCCUCAAAGUGGUAUCGCAAUGCGCGAGUACAGAUGGUGUCACCGCCAGCUACCUCAAGGAACACGUGCUGGUGGACUUCUUCAAGAGUUUCUGGGUUAGGCGCAUGGCCUUAGAUCGAAGGAACUACCGCCAAGUGGUUGACACCACUGUUGACCUUGGACAGAAGGUCGGUGCUGGUGAGAUUUUGGAGCGCAUUAUCAACAACUUGAAGGACGAAAGCGAGCCAUACCGAAAGAUGACCGUGGAGACAGUAGAGAAGACGAUCGCUUCCCUUGGAGCCGCAGAUGUCUCGGAGAGACUUGAGGAACGAUUGAUCGAUGGUGUUUUGUACGCCUUCCAAGAGCAAAGCAUUGAAGAUAUUAUCAUUCUGAACGGGUUUGGAACUGUGGUGAAUGCGCUUGGAACUCGUUGCAAGCCAUACCUCCCUCAAAUUGUCAGUACGAUUCUCUGGAGAUUGAACAACAAGUCCGCCACUGUGCGCCAACAAGCAGCGGACCUCAUCUCGCGGAUUGCAUUGGUUAUGAAGCAGUGUGGUGAGGAUGCGCUGAUGGGUAAGCUGGGUAUUGUGCUCUACGAAUACCUCGGUGAAGAGUACCCAGAGGUUCUAGGUUCCAUCCUUGGUGCUCUUCGGUCCAUUGUCACCGUUGUUGGUAUCAACCAGAUGCAACCUCCGAUUCGCGACCUUCUUCCCCGUCUCACUCCCAUCCUGCGAAACCGACACGAGAAGGUGCAGGAAAACACCAUUGACCUUGUCGGUCGUAUUGCCGACCGAGGCCCCGAGUCCGUCAACGCCCGUGAAUGGAUGCGUAUCUGUUUCGAGCUGCUCGACAUGCUGAAGGCUCACAAGAAAGGUAUCCGUCGAGCCGCAAACAACACAUUCGGUUUCAUCGCCAAGGCAAUUGGUCCCCAGGAUGUCCUGGCAACCUUACUCAACAACCUCCGUGUCCAGGAACGCCAGUCGCGCGUGUGUACAGCUGUCGCCAUUGGUAUCGUCGCUGAAACCUGCGCCCCCUUCACCGUCCUCCCCGCCCUGAUGAACGAGUACCGCGUACCAGAACUGAACGUGCAAAAUGGUGUCUUGAAAGCGAUGACUUUCCUCUUCGAGUACAUUGGCGAGAUGGCAAAGGACUACGUCUACGCCGUGACGCCUCUCCUCGAAGACGCCCUCAUCGACCGCGACCAAGUCCACCGCCAAACAGCAGCGACAGUCGUCAAGCACAUCGCGCUCGGCGUCGUUGGACUCGGCUGCGAGGACGCCAUGGUCCACCUUCUCAACCUGGUCUUCCCCAACAUCUUCGAAACCAGCCCGCACGUCAUCGACCGAGUCAUCGAAGCCAUCGACGCGAUCCGCAUGGCCGUCGGCACGGGAACCGUGAUGAACUACGUCUGGGCCGGUCUCUUCCACUCUGCGCGGAAGGUGCGCACGCCCUACUGGCGCUUGUACAACGAUGCCUACGUGCAGAGCGCGGACGCGAUCGUCCCCUACUACCCCGAGCUGGAAGACGACGGAUUGAAGCGCGACGAAUUGCUGAUUAUGAUCUGA